AUGCACGUCUUCGUCACUGGUGCAACUGGCUUCAUUGGCCAAGCCGUGGUCCAGGAGCUUCUCGACGCUGGCCACAGCGUUGUCGGCCUGGCUCGUUCAGAUGCAUCGGCAGCUGCUUUGAAGUCCAAGGGCGCUGAUGUGAUCCAAGGCUCUCUUGAAGAUAUUGAGGCAGUCAAGAAGGGUGCCUCUGAGUCGGAUGGUGUUAUCAAUCUCGCUUUCAACCACGACUUCACCAAAUUCGCAGAGAAUGCCAAGGUCGAGUACGCGGCUAUCAUGGCCAUGGGCGACGUUCUGGCAGGAUCUAACCGUCCCAUGGUUCUCGCAUCCGGCACUAUGAUGCUGCCAAAGGGUGAGCUCGUCACUGAGGAUACGGGCCCCGACAUGACCUCUGCCGUGAAUGUUCGUGCAUCGACUGAACAGGAAGUGGCCACACUUGCGUCUCGAGGCGUGCGUGCGACUGCCGUUCGACUUGCACCCACAGUCCACGGAGACAACGAUCAUGGGUUCAUCUACCGGAUUGCCCAAGUGGCACUCGCGAAAGGAGAAUCAAUCUAUAUUGGCGAGGGCCUCAACCGAUGGCCUGCCGUUCAUCGCCACGAUGCGGCACGUCUCUUCCGCCUCGCUCUCGAAAAGGGCGUUGCAGGCACCAGAUAUCAUGCUGUGGGCGAGGAAGGUGUGAAGAUGAAGGACAUUGCGGAAGCGAUUGGCAACUUGGCCGGUCUUCCAACUUCUUCCAAGACAUUUGAGCAAGCUGCGGUGCAUUUUGGUGGCGACUUCAUGGGCUUUGUCAUCAGCGCCGACAACCCAUCGUCUAGCGAGAAGACUCAGGAGCAGCUGGGAUGGACUCCUACUGGGCCGACUUUGCUCACUGAUAUUAAAGCUGGAGUCUAUACCAAAGUAGAGUCAGCUAGUGCCAUCGCAGUUUGA